GUUAAGUUAUCGCAUAGAGCUUAUUUAUUGGGGCAAUUGCUUACUGGCUACAGUAACAUUAAUAUUUAAAAAUAGGCAGGCCAGAUGACUUCAGCAAUGUCAGAACUGUUUUCGGAUUCUACCGAUAAAAAGGAAUCGACUAAAUUUCAGUGGUACUGGGCACCUGUAUAUUGCGCAAUUUGGUUUCUGCUUUUUUAUGUGGCGGUAAUACCAAGUUUUUAUUCUUAUCCUGAGACCCUGCUUAUACGUGAUGAACAUAAAUACCCUGAUCAGUUUAUUGGAGAACGUGCACAAAUACAACUAUUAGAACUGGCAUCAAUUGGUAUUAAGUUAACGGGUACUGUGGAAAAUGAGGUACAUGCAAUUAACUUUUUGCGAAAAGAAAUAGAAAAAAUUAAAGCUUCCGCACGUACUGACCUAUAUGAUAUUGAUGUUAAUGUGCAAUAUUCUUCUGGCAAAUUUAUGCUAUGGGGUAUGGCUACCAGUUAUCAUAAUGUGUCAAAUGUGAUCGUAAAGAUAUCACCGAAAAACUCAAAAAGUGAAUCAUAUUUGCUCGUAAAUUCUCAUUUUGAUUCAGAAGUGGGUUCUCCAGCCGCAGCAGAUGCAGGUGUUAUGAUUGUCGUAAUGCUAGAAACAUUACGUGUAAUUUCAAUAUCAGAUAAGCCACUAAAUAAUCCAAUAGUAUUCCUUUUUAAUGGUGCAGAAGAAAGUAAUUUACUUGCAGCGCAUGGCUUUAUAACGCAACACGAAUGGGCACAAAAUUGCAAAGCUUUAAUAAAUUUGGAUUCAGCUGGAUCUGGUGGUCGUGAAAUCUUAUUUCAAUCUGGUCCUAAUCAUCCAUGGUUAAUGAAGUACUAUAAAAAAAGUGCUGUACAUCCAUAUGCGUCAACGAUUGGAGAAGAAUUGUUUCAAAAUGAUUUUAUACCAUCUGACACCGAUUUUCGUGUUUUUCGUGAUUACCAUGGAUUGCCUGGUCUAGAUAUGGCACAUACUUUAAAUGGAUAUGUUUACCACACAAAAUAUGAUAAUUUCGGUAACUUGGAACGUGGAACAUAUCAAACAACAGGUGAAAAUGUACUUGCUCUUACUUGGGCUUUAGCCAAUGCAAAGGAGCUAGAAAAUCCUAAGGAAUAUUCGGAAGGGCACACAGUAUUUUAUGAUUAUUUAGGUUGGUUUAUGAUAUUCUACAAAGAAUCUACUGGAAUAGCUAUUAACAUUACAUCGUCCGUAUGUGCUCUGAUUGCAAUAUGCGUUUCAAUAUAUAUGACUACAAAGGAAAAAUACAUCGAAUCGGCUAAGCAUGUUUAUAUGAAAUUUUCCAUAAUCAUAGCAGUUCAAAUUCUUGCAGUCUCCGUAGCUAUGGGAGUAACAAUUCUAAUUGGAGUUAUUGUUGACGCUAUGGGUUUGACACAAGCAUGGUACUCAGAAGAGUGGCUUAUAUUUGGAUUAUACUUUUGUCCAAUGUUUUUCACAUUGAGUAUGAUACCUGCACUCUACAUACACUGGACAAAAAAAAUAACGAGUUUAAAACUUAAUGAUACCAUAGCCUUCUUUAUGCAUGCCCAUUGCAUUAUAUUGGUUUUCAUAUGUCUUUUGAUGACUGGACUUAGUAUACGUUCAGCGUUCUUUCCAAUGAUUGCAAUAUUCUUUUACGCGAUAUCAGUAAUUCUUAAUAUUUUGGCCAAAUUUAUAUUCAAAGGAAGAGAUUACUACAUUUGCAUCCACUUAUUGUGUCAACUUUUUCCAUUUUGGUUUUAUACAUAUCUGACGUUUGCUUUUUUGAAAACUUUUAUUCCAAUGCAAGGGCGUGAUGGUCCUACGAGUAACCCGGAACUAUUUAUUUCUGGAUUCACCGCAAUUAUGUCAAUUCACUUCGCCGGUUUUAUAUUACCAAUUUUACAUAAGUUCAGAAAAUCAAUAACACUUAUAUCCGUUUUCGGUAUAUUGACAAUAAUUUUCGUAAUAAUUGCUGCUACCCCAGCUGGUUUCCCUUAUAAAAAGGAUGUUGCUGCGCAAAGGUUUUAUGUUUUGCACACAAAUCGUGUAAUUCAUGAUUUUGACGGCUUCGUUACCAAAAACAAUUCUGGAUUUUAUAUUCAACCAGUUGAUACCCGUCCAAAAACACUUGAUGAUUCAACUUUUAAAGAUGCGUUUGAACAAUCUUGGAUACAAGAAGAAUGCGCGUCUGAGGUAUUUUGUGGUUUACCACUGUAUAACACAAGAUGGAUGGAUUGGAAAAAUUCGUCACGUUGGAUACCUGCAACAACUCCAGUAUUCCCCAUAGAAACUGAAUUGAAACUUUUAAAAAAAGAAUACCUUCCAAAUGCAAAAAUUCGUUUCGAAUUCUCAGUUAAAGCAGCCGAUCGAAUUGUGAUUUAUAUAGACCCAUAUUCCGGUACUAAAGUGACUGACUGGUCUUUUGAUGAUACUCCUUUGAAAGAAAAUUUUGCAACACCGUACUUUGUUUAUCAUGUUUAUUCAAUGGAUACUACACCGCUUUAUUUUUGGAUAGAAUUUGAGCGUGACUCGCCAACAUAUGAAGGCCCCACUUUCAGAAUUGGUGUUGGAGCUCACUUUCUAUAUCAUGAAAACGAUUUCACUGAAGAGUAUAAAACAUUCCUAAAAUCGUUUCCUGAAUGGUCCUAUGCAACUAAAUGGAUUGCGUCUUUUAAUAGUUGGAUGUUUUAAAAUAAUGUAUAAAAACA